CAUUCAAAAAAAACAGCGCGACUGUUGCUGCCUUCUGGAGCAGGACUAAAUACCUUUUAAUUGUUUCACAUUGAGUUAAUUUUAUUUCACACGAAGUUAAUUGCUAACUGCUGACAUUAUGUCUACAAAGAAACUGGCCAAAGAAUUGGGAUUAUUGAGGCAGCGGAGUCAGUCCUCUAAUGGGUCAAAGAAAUCCUUGUUAUCGAAUCAAAUAUUUUCAUACCUGAUUGUGAUUGAUUUUGAGUCCACUUGCUGGAGAGAGAAAAACAACUACGGCCAGGAAAUUAUUGAGUUUCCUGCUGUUCUGCUGAACACAUCCACAGGAGAGGUCGAGUCCGAGUUUCAUACUUAUGUUCAACCCCAAGAGCACCCAAUGCUGUCUGAGUUCUGCACAGAGCUGACUGGGAUCACACAGAUGCAAGUUGAGGCAGGGAUCCCCCUUCAAAUCUGUCUUUCUCGGUUCAGCCGCUGGCUGCAAAACCUGCAGCUCGAGAAGGGAGUGGUCUUUCCCAACAGACAGCAGAGAUCCUCUGCACCUUCACCCUCUCAAAAACUGUGUACUUUCCUCACAUGGUCAGACUGGGAUCUUGGAGUUUGUUUGCACUACGAAUGUAAACGCAAGCAGCUCCACAAACCUGAUGUGCUCAACAGCUGGAUAGACCUGAGAAGCACCUACAGGUUGUUUUAUGAUCGGAAACCCAAAGGCCUCAACGGGGCGCUGCAAGAUCUGGGAAUACAGUUUUCAGGAAGAGAACAUUCUGGUUUGGAUGACUCCCGUAAUACAGCUCAUUUGGCAGCAAGGAUGAUGAGGGAUGGGUGUGUGAUGAAGAUCACUAGGAGCCUGGAGAGGACCCCAUCAGUGGUCAGACCCAUGUUUGGAAACACAGCGACAGAAAGCAAAAAAGAAAAACCCAUCAACAAUAAAGAGGAAAACACAUUAAAUAAACCUUCAUCAUCUAAGACUCCUCCUGAAUCAUGUCAGAUAAAAUCAUGUGCAGAGGACAUUAAGAGGGAUUUAGACACAAAGGAAAACUCAAGUUCUGUUCAAAGCCUGAUCGCACCAAAGACAUUGCUGAAUGGUGCAACUACACCACUCUGGGGACGCGGCAGGUCAGUCACAGCAGUAACCGCUAAUAUUUCCACUUCAGUUAUGAUGAAUCGUCCCUCACCUCCCAAUAACAACAACAGCCUUGUUCUGUUUUCUACUACUGUGGACUGCAUUUCAAACCUGCCUCGACCCAACCACCCCCCAGGAGCUGCAGUAGGAUGUGUGGAAGAAGAAGAAGGAGUGGAAAUCUUUGUGGAAACAGAGGACAGGUGUGGUUCAUAUGAUGAUGUGGUGUUAGAGGAUGACGAUGAUGUCAUCAGUGAGACACUGGGAGAAUUUAAAGUUGGUUAUGUAUCAGAUUUUGACAGUGGAUGUCAUGUGUGGGAACAGCCUGAUGAUACACACUCACCAGGCGAUCAGGUCACAUUAAGGGACAAUAUAAGAGGAACAGUGAGCGUUGAAAACAGCUUUAAAACUCCUAAGAUAAUCAGUGAAUCAUCAGUGACGUCUCUACUUACAAAGAAGAUGACGUCCAGUGUUAAUGUGUCUAAUCAGUUAAAUAAAAUCAGGCAGAAUUCAGCGGUCUCAGAGCCUAAUGUUUAUUUUGCUGUGCCUAAAACUGUGACUCGGGAACCCAAAUCAAAUCAGCAUAAAACAGUUCCACAAGAACACAAGAAGUCCUAUGGGCCACAUAAAAACUCUCAGUUAAUCACACCCUUUCUACUCAGGCACAAGCCCUUCAUUCCAGAAAAGACCUCCACCCCUUAUACCUCAUUUGCCAGGCCCAAAGCAGUUGUCACACAACACACAAAUCAUAAAGAGAUUCCAAAAUCUUCCUUUACCAUCUACACCGACCCAGCAAUACCUUCCCAUCCCUCAUCAUGUGGCUCUUUUAGCACCUCCAGGAAUGUCCUCUCCUCUCUGUCUACCAACACACUCUCCUCAUGCACAAAUCGUUCCUCUGUUUCUGUGACAAUGAAAGGAGGGCAGAGGAUCACAUCCCCACUGUGUGCGUGUGGGCGUCGUGCAAAGCGUCAGGUUGUAUCCAAUGGAGGGCCGAACCAUGGGCGAGGGUUUUACUGCUGUCCAGUCCACCGGUCAGGCAGCGGAGGCAGGAUCCAGAAGGGAUGUGAGUUCUUUAAGUGGGAGUCAGCUCUGAUGAAGAACAGUCCAGUAUCGUCUCCUGCCGUCGGCUCCUCUGUCUCACUCUGUCAGAUCAACUCGACUCUGAGCUGGCAGCCGCCCCAGAGGUCGAUGCUGAGAAAGAGCUGUUAACGUGGAGAAUAAAACUGAGAGUGUGUGUUCUGUCUCAGGCACACAGACUUUGUGAUGUUACCAAUGCACUGUUAAACAGUUGCCACAAAGAUACCUCAAUAAUUAUGUUUUAUUUGUUAAUUUGUUUCUACCAUACACACAACCACUCAGAAGAUCUCCCUUUAUGAACUUCAUACAGCAGCACAAAUCAAAGCUGUAAUUUUUAUUGACAUAGUAAAUGCUCCAUUAAUUUAAUGACACCAGUUUGGACAUUUAAUUGGCUAUCAAAUAAAUUAGCUCACCUCGUCCUGUGUGGAGUUUGUAUUUUCAACCCCGGUUUGCUCAGGGCUCUCAGGCUUCCUCCUACAAUACUUCAUCAUUAUGCUGUGAAUACUUUUGAAUGUUUGGCUGUUUGUGAAACUUUUUCAUACUUUUAAGGAUGUGAAAGUGCUCAUGAAAAAUGCCAACUGACAAAUGAAAUUAGUUGAUAUGAUGGUAUGUAGUGAUGUGAAUUUUACUGAAAAAAUAACCAACCAAUAAUGAAUACUGAUUAAAAAAACCCUUUAUUUUCUGUGUAUUGUACAGUAAUUAUACUAUUUUGGAAAUGUGUAAUGGAGAUCAAA